CAACCACAAAGUGCACUUGCCAUCAGUGCCAGACAUAAAAGUCCCUCAGGAGUCAUGGUAGAUUUAGUCUUGGGGAGCAGAGGAGGAGGAGAAGCACAAGUGCUUUGACAGACUGACCUCUUGGAGAAGUCCAUGGGCCGUUUGAGGACUUGAUCCUGAAUCACAUCGUGGGCCAGCUGUCGCAUCCCGACCCGAAGCAGAACCAAAGCAUGCUAACCUUUAACGUGACUGCAAACAGCAGCGCUGUCCUUUUUCAACCCUUUUUGUCACCCGCGUUGGACAAAACUAUCAACGUGCUCAUGGUGAUCGUCCUAUUCAUCACCAUGAUCUCACUGGGAUGCACCAUGGAGGUGUCCAAGAUCAAGGGACACAUAGUGAAACCUAAGGGGGUGGUGAUCGCAGUCCUGGCCCAGUAUUGUGUCAUGCCGCUUACAGCCUUUUGCUUAGCCAAGGGCUUCCAGCUGGCUGACAUGGCGGCUGUGGUGGUCCUGAUCUGUGGGUGCUCCCCAGGGGGGACCCUCUCCAACAUCUUGGCCUUGGCUAUAAACGGGGACAUGAACCUCAGUAUCGUGAUGACGUCCUGUUCCACCUUGCUGGCUCUGGGCAUGAUGCCCCUGCUGCUCUACCUCUACUGCCAGGGCUUUGGCGACCUGCAGAACGCCGUGCCUUACGUCGACAUCACCGUGUCGCUCGCCAUGAUCCUCGUGCCCUGCGGCAUCGGAAUCCUCAUCAACCACUACAGGCCGCGCUACUCCAAGAUUAUCACCAAGGUAGGUCUGACCAUCAUGUCGAUUUCCUCCGUGGCGAUCGCCGUCGUGGCGGCCGUAGCCAUCCGCAGCGCCAUCCUGGCAGUGAUGUCGCCUCCCCUUCUGGCCACCGGUGCUGUCAUGCCCUUCGUCGGCUUCACCUUCGGCUACGUCAUCUCGACCAUCUUCAGACUCAGCCAAGCGAAGCGGAGGACUGUCGCUAUGGAAACAGGCUGCCAGAACAUUCAGCUGUGCUCAACCAUCCUGAAGCUGGCCUUUCCACCGGACAUGAUCGGCCCACUUUUCCUCUUCCCGAUGGUGUACGUAUCCUUCCAGCUGUUGGAGGCCAUGGCGCUCAUCUUGAUCUACAGGUGCCACCAGAGGCUCACGAGAAAACAGAAAGAUGCGUACCAGCCUGCCAUGACUGAUGCCGGACUGAAAGUACUUUCUGAAGGGACUGUAUGACAGACAGGCCUCAAUUCCUCUAUAACAAACUUGUGUCUGGACUGGAAAUCUUAUCUUUUUAAGUCCACAGGACUUAAGUUGUACUUGAAACAUCAAUGUUAGGUCUGCUGAAAUGACACUUUUGCAGUAAUUUUCCACUAUUAUUAUAUUACUUCCGUGCAGGCAGUAGAUUCCGUUUCCUAUCAGUGACUGUGUU